UUGCUCUCCUUAGUCUUUGACUACUCUUCAAAAUAUAGUCUUCUUUCUCUCUAUAUAUAUCUUUUCUACAGCUGUCUAUCGUCAACUAACUUGUUGUGAACAAAGAGAGAAAAAGAGAUGGCUUCCAUCUCCACCUCUUUCUAUGCUUCAAUCUUACUCUCAUCAAUCUUCCUCCAUCUCUUUUUCCAACAUGAUGUGGCUGCUUCUGAUUUAUCGAUCCGACCCAAUAGGAAAUCUUUGGAGAUAGUUAUCGGUGGUGGAAUUUUUCCUUCUCCACCUGAAUAUAAUCCCCCACCUGAACCCUUCUAUCAUCCACCACCACCACCACAUGUAUCGCCUCGAGUUCUAUUGGCCUACAAAGUUAUUCAAAAUUUCAAAAGAAGAAUCACUUGUGAUCCUAAAGGCAUCUUAAAGACAUGGGUUGGUUUUGAUGUCUGCAAGUACAAAGGUUUCCUCUGCGGGACUCAUCCAGUCUACAAGCAAACAGCAGUUUCCGGAGUAGUCUUCAAUGGCUUUCUAUUCGCCGGUCCGGAGCUAACCUUAGAUGGGUUUGUCGAUGGUUUAGAGGACAUAACAAUCUUCCAUGCCAACUCUAACAACUUCACCGGUAAAGUCCCAGUGGGGAUCAACAAACUCCAAUACUUCUACGAGCUCGAUCUCAGCAACAACAAGCUAACCGGAGACUUCCCUAUGGAAGUCAUCGGUGCCACUCAGCUCACUUUCUUGGAUCUCCGUUACAAUUCGUUUUCCGGUAAGGUUCCACCUCAGGUGUUCAACCUCGACGUCGACGUGCUCUUCAUCAACAACAAUGAUCUCGAACAACCAUUACCCCAAAACAUAGGAUCAACACCAGCUCUUUAUCUUACUUUCGCCAACAACAAGUUUACCGGUCCCAUCCCGAAAAGCAUUAAACAAGCCUCGAAAACUCUCAAAGAAGUUCUUUUCUUGAGGAACAAUCUUUCCGGGUGUUUGCCUUAUGAGAUUGGGUAUUUGAAAAAGGCAAUCUUGUUCGAUGCCAGCCAUAACCAGUUGACGGGUCCCAUACCCCACUCUUUCGCAUGUUUGAGCAAGAUGGAGCAGCUGAACUUCGCUAACAACCAGUUGUACGGAAAGAUACCGGAGUCGGUAUGCAAGCUUCCGAGUUUGGAUAAGCUUACAUUGGAAAACAACUACAUCACCGAUGCCGGACCAGAAUGCAGGAAGUUGAUAGAGAAGAAGGUUCUUAAUGUGAAAAAGAACUGCAUUCGGGACCUUCCCAAUCAGAGAUCGGAGGCUGAAUGUAAUGCUUUCUUGAAAAAGCCCAAGUACUGUGACAAUGACCAUACGUUGACUUACAUUCCUUGUGAGUCAAAGCCUUAUGAGCAACCAAUUCCUCCGCCCGCUUCGCCGCCGGUUACAUAUGGAGCUCUUUCACCGCAUCCAUGAUUUGGCGAUUUAAUCUUUUUACGGUUUAAUUUUGGUUGGUUCUUAUUUUACCAUAUAAACUAGAAUAAUGUGUUUGUUUGAAAUAAAUGUAGAUGAUCUAUCCUCUCUACAUUGGCAUACAACAUUUUCUGUAUAAAUAAAUCACGUCAUGUCCUUUAAAAGUUUUUUUUUUUUUUUUUAAUUUUGUUGUAUUAUUUGACCAUUUUAUGAAGCAAUGGUCUCUGGCUUAAGCAAUAAGCAUAUUAAUUAUUUAUUAUAGAAUAAAAGAUAAAUUUUACUAGUA